AUGUACAGGAAGUCAUUAAGUGAUCUUUCUCGCACAGAACUACAUUUAAUAGCAAGUUCCUUAAUCUGGUCGCAAUCUAUUCCUAAAGCAAAGGAAUUUGUUAACACCAAGUGUCAAAUUGAAGCAUCUGACCAAUUCAAAAUAUGUGAUCCGUACGAAUAUGACAUGCAGCAAAUUGAUGAAACUUUCCAAUCAAGUCAUUUAUCUGUAGCAUUGAAAAAAACUGAUGAUGGCAAUAAAAUUAACAAAGAUGAUGAGAUUGGGGAAUCAAACUUGGUCACUGCUCGAAAAGUAGAUCACAUAUUUGUUGAAGAGAGUCUUUUUGAAAACAAUGCUGACAUAAAUCAAUGUGAAAGCUUAGACAAGUCAUCACUCUUGGUUGCUGCUUCAGAAUCUGGAAAAUACACUGUUGUUGAGAAAUUGAUCGAUCAUGGCACUAAUAUCAAUAAUUGUGAUAAAUAUGGCGAGUCGCCACUGUUUGCUGCUUCGAAAUCAGGUCAUUUAACUGCUGUGGAGAAAUUAAUCGAAUGUGGCGCUAACAUUAAACAAUGUGAUAAAUAUGGCAGGUCGCCACUGUUUGCUGCUUCAAAGUCUGGACAUUUAAGGGUUGUGAAGAAACUGAUUGAUCAUGGUGCUGAUAUCAAUCAAUGCGAUGAAUAUGGCACGUGUCCUCUAUUUGCUGCUUCAAGGUCAGGACAUUUGAAUGUUGUAGAAAAACUUAUCAAUAGUGGCGCUGACAUACAUCGGUGUGAUAGACUUGGCAGAAACCCAUUGUUUGCUGCUUCAGAAUUUGGACGUAUUUCUCUUGUGGAAAAACUUAUUGAAUGUGGAGCUAACAUCAAUCAAUGUGAUGAAUUUGGCAAAUCUUCACUAUUUAUUGCUUCACAAUCAGGGCAUUUGAAUACUGUAGAGAAACUUAUUGAUCACGGCGCUGUUAUCCAUCAACACGAUAUGGCUGGCAGGACGCCUUUGCAUGCCGCUGCAAAAUCAGGUCAUUUAUGCAUUGUUGAAAAACUAAUCGAUUGUGGCGCUGACAUAUAUCGACGUGAUAAAAUUGGCAGGCAGCCAUUGUUUGCAGCUUUACACUUUGGCCAUACUUCCGUUGUGGAGAAACUAAUUAAAUGCGGAGCUGACGUCAACAAAUGUGAUAAAUUCGGCGAGCCAUCACGUAUUGCUGCUUCAAAAUCUGGUCAUUUGAUUAUAAAAGAACUGACGGUUGAGCAUGGAGCUCACAAUAAUCCAUCAGAUAAAAAUAUCGAGUCGCCACCAAAUACUGCUUCAAAAUACAGAAAUCUGACUGGUACAAAAAAAUUGAUUAAUCACAGCGCCGACAUUGAUAAAACUGAUUAUGGCAAAUAUUCAUUGCCUGCUUCAUUUCAAUCAGAUCAUACGACUUCUGUAAAGAAACAAACUGAAUAUGGAACGUGGCAUGGUGAAUCAGUUGUACACCAAUACUCAAUAAAGAAUAAGUCAAAGACAAACAAAGUAGUGAAUAAGGAAAAUGAUUUUUUUACCCGAUGUAGUGAUGAAAAGACAAAAUUUGAUAAACCACUUCAAUUUAGUGGCUCGGAGCUAUAUGAUUCAAUAGACAAGUUAUAUGAAUCAUUUGAUGGUUCCGAUUUUUAUGAAUUUAUGAAUGAAAAGACACAAGAUGGAUAUAGCAGCUCGGAAUUAUAUGAAACUGAGACUCAUAUGGUGAAACCCUCUUAUGAUUCAAAAACAGAUUUAUGUGAGACAAAUGAUUUUCUGGAACACUCAGAAAACAAGAAAAAACUUGCUCGAUGCGAAAUACAGUAAAUGAAAAAGAAAAUGAUAACAAAGAGUGAUUGACCUCAUUUAUAAACUACAAACAAUACAAUCCCAGGAACUCUGUUUUACGG